GUUUGCUAUGAAAUAACUUAAAUAUUUUCUGAAAGUUUACUAUUAUUUUUGUGCUUUAAGUCUACCGAAAAAAAUAUAUUCUGGUGUUAGCACUGGUGUUGGCGUAUAUGUGAUGCAAAUACAUAACCCAGUGCUGUAUAGUCACCCAACCCCUAAGCCAUAGGCCAACAGCAAGUGUCGAAAUACCAGUGCCUGAGUGUUGGCUCCAGUGGUUUGCCUGAUGGUUGGGAAUGUUGUGUUAUUUUUUGGGGAGAAGCUUAUGAAAACAGUGUUUGGGAACUGACUUACCAUUAGUUAGGCAUUUCUCGAGCACAUUGGCUGAACAGUGACUGUGACUGUAUAUACACUACUAAUAGUGACAUUGAAAAACAUUUCAUUACAUUCAAUACAUAAGCAGUGAAUGUAUGAAUGAAUUCAUUGAAUGAAUCAAUGAUUGCAACAAACGCUGACUUAUGAGCGGAAAGCAGUCCAAGACUUGUGCUCUUUGUUACCAAUGAGUCGUUUAAAUGCCUGCUAAUAGUCCUCAUCCUUACUGUCCACUGACCGACACACACACCACACACGAUCACAACCAACACAUGACCAACACUGGCCUUAACGGCAAUACAAACACUUCAAACAAUGGUUUUAAUACAUCAAACACUCGAAGAGAUCGACUCUCAACUAAUGUAAACUACAAUAACUCAUCAGAAAUGGACGGAAUUAGUGGUGAAAAUACCGACACAUUAAUGGACAGAUCAUCAAAUGUGGUUCACAGCUCUCAUAAAAACUAUGAAGAAGUAGCGCUAAUUGGUUCCGGAGCUUACGGAACAGUAUUUAAAGCCCGAGAUCUUAAUAAUGACGGCCAGUUAGUGGCACUCAAAAAAGUUAAAGUACCGCUGAAUGAGGACGGGGUUCCCAUAAGUUUGCUCCGGGAGAUAUCUGUUUUAAAACAAUUACAAAGUUUUGAACACCCAAAUGUGGUCAGAUUAUUGGACAUAUGUCAUGGUAAACGUCUUGAGCACGAACGCCAACUCAUCCUAUUCCUCGUGUUUGAACACGUCGAACAAGACUUAGCCACUUAUCUGCAUAACUGUCCGGCGCCAGGCAUAGGGCCCGAUAGGAUCAAAGAACUACUUUAUCAACUGUUAACUGGAGUCGACUUUUUGCACUCCAAUCGCAUUGUUCACAGAGACCUCAAACCGGCAAACAUUUUGGUGACAAACGACGGACAACUCAAACUCGCCGACUUUGGUUUGGCCCGAAUCUAUCAACAGACACAACCACUGACCGCUGUUGUCGUUACGCUCUGGUAUAGAGCACCGGAAGUUCUGUUACAGUCUAGUUAUGCCAGUCCUGUUGACAUAUGGAGUGUUGGCUGUAUUUUUGCAGAACUGUUUACUCGAAUACCAUUGUUUUGUGGCCAAUCUGAAAAUGACCAGUUAUGUAAAAUAUUUAAUGUAAUUGGUUCUCCCCUUCCCAAUGAAUGGCCUAAAGACUUAGCACUGCCAUGGAGUACAUUCUCUAACUUCAAAAAACUUGAUUUCGAUGAUAUUGUCAAAGAUAUUUGUCCGGACGGCAAAAAUUUAUUAGAGAAAAUGCUUAAAUUUGAUCCAAACAAGAGGAUAGGCGCCCGACAGGCGUUAAGUCAUCAAUACUUUAAGGAGUAUGAAAUAUAUCCACCAAAAUAUGAUAACAACUCAAAUAAGAAAUUUAAUUCCGGUAAUAGUGACGAUAAAUCAUCUAUUAUUUCAAGAUAACCAAUGAUUGCUCACCAAAUAUAUUGCUAAAACAUAGCACAAAACUACAAUAAUCGUUAAGUUUUAUGUUAUAUUUUAAGUUAUAUUUAUAUAUUGAUAAAAUAACAUAUCAUAUGGAAAGCACCGACACUUACAGAUUAUCUCUUAAGCAGCUAUAAGUAUGACCUUAUGGUGUUCACCCCACAUAUCUAUACACAUAUUGCUCACAAAUAUCUCAUUUUAUUGAUGCCAUACAUCUUGAGUUUCAAUACCAAACUCAAGAUACCAUAUACUUUGUUCAAUGAAUAUCAUAUUUAAGUUCAUUUUAUAUUUUAAAUAUAAUUUAGGUAGGAUUGUUAAAUAAUAAUUAUAAUU